AUGGAGAAGUGUGGAAGUGGUGCUGUCCAGGUGCGCCAAGACGAUGAGAAGAUGGCGGGCACUGAUCAAACCAGACAAGGAGUUGGAGUUGGAGUUCAUCAUUGUCGAACUGGAGAAAAGAGGAGCAGAACCAGCGAGAAUUGCAUGGAGCAGCUCAACUUCGUCAAGUUUGGGAGCUUCUCGGUCUCCUCGACGCUGGUUGGCCUCCAGAGGUGCGGGUUCAAACCGUCAAAGUCAAACAAGCCUCCCCAAGCCGGCGUCCCGAGCGGCGGAGUGGGCAACUCCCCAGACAAGGACACAGACAGGCACCAACCUGCCCACCGCGCCCGGCAACGCCACGCGAAAAAUUCCCUCUCAAGCAGAGCGCCCCCCCUCACGUGCGCCCGUGCCACUGCCACAGCUCCGAUCGACAGGCCAGCCGAGCAGCGGAGCAGGCAAGGCUCUUCCUCCCCCUCGCUGCCUCCUCACAUGGCGGCGAUCUCGCACCCCGGCCCGCGCGGCGCCGCGGCGGCGCUGCCUCGCCCGUUGGGGAGGCGCGCCGCCGUGAUCGCGGCCGCCGCGGCCAAGGGCGCGCACCGGGCGCGUGCGCUGGAGGGCGCGAGCGACGAGCUGCGGGCCGCCGCGGCGCAGUGCCUGGACUGGGCCCCCGGGCGGCGCCGUGUGCGGGCCGCCUUCGCGCCCGUGCUCCCCACCCUCGACCACUACCUCUUCAAGAUGGCUCCCAAGGGAAUUCAGAUGGAAGAGAAUUAUGAGACUAAUUCAAAGGGAGUUGAAAUAUUCUGGAAGAGCUGGCUGCCAAGAGAGGGCACUGCCACCAAGGCUGCACUUUUCUUCUGCCAUGGAUAUGGGGAUACAUGCACUUUCUUUUUUGAAGGUAUUGCUAAGAGGAUUGCUGCUGCUGGAUAUGCCGUUUAUGCUAUGGAUUAUCCUGGUUUUGGUUUGUCAUAUGGUCUGCAUGGCUACAUUGCAAGCUUUGAUGGAAUGGUGGACCAUGUCAUUGAACAGUAUGCACGAAUAAGAGGCAUGAAGGAAGUGCGUGAGCUGCCACACUUUCUCUUGGGACAGUCAAUGGGAGGUGCAGUGGCCCUGAAAAUACACUUGAAGCAACAAAAAGAAUGGGAUGGUGUGCUUCUUGUCGCGCCCAUGUGCAAAAUUUCAGAAGAUGUAACACCACCGGCACCAGUUUUGAAGGCGCUGAGCAUAUUGUCAUGUCUUCUUCCUGAAGCAAAGUUAUUUCCGCAGAAAGAUAUAGGAGAUUUGGCAUUUAGAGAUCCAAGGAAAAGAAAAGUAGCUGAGUACAAUGCCAUAUCAUAUUCUGACCAAAUGAGAUUAAGAACAGCAGUUGAACUUUUGAAGGCCACUAACGACAUUGAAUCACAGUUGGAGGAGAUCUCCUCCCCGUUGCUGAUUCUUCAUGGAGGCGCAGACAUGGUAACAGAUCCUCAAGUAAGCAAAUUCCUCUAUGAGAAAGCUAGCACCAAAGACAAGACCCUCAAGCUCUAUGACGGUAGUUACCACUCGAUCUUAGAGGGAGAGCCAGACGACAGGAUUUCAACCGCAAUUAACGACAUCAUUUCCUGGCUGGAUUCACAUUGUUGAAUGCCCUUCUUAUAUGGGUCUCUCUAGUGCUUCAAAUUUUGGCAUGGUAGGCAGAGAUUAAUCUGAGUAGUUCUUUGGCGCUUGCUAUCUCAAUGAUGUUGACUGACUAUGUAUUUUUUGUUAAUUGUGAACACGGCAUUGUAUACAUAGUCAAGUUUCGCAUGCCAAGAUCUAAACUAGGCUUCAAUUAUAUUUUGCUUCCCUCUA